AAUGUAAUAAAGUACUUAAGCGAAAACUGAAAAAGUACAAACUUAGACAAGAUGGGUGUGAAGACCAAGAUGUUUUAGAUGUGUCAAAAACUCUUAUUUCAGCACUUAUAAUCAAGUCACCAAGAAGCUCAAAAGAUCCAGCUAAUACAGACGAAGCUCUAAGUGACUUUGAAGAAUAUCAACCUGCACCUAACUACCUUUUCAAAAUGGGUAGGAGGAAAGAGACCUUAAAAAUAGGUAAAAGUUUAAAGCAUUCUAAUGUUAAUGGAAAACAGAAUGCAAUAAUAACUAGCCCUACUAAUCAGGAUAAGAAACAGACAAAUGCAUUUAAAUUGUUAAUGGAUUCUAGAAAUAAAAGUAUUGGUAGCAACUCUCCUGGUAAGGAGAAGAAAGAUGAUGUUACAGAAAUAGAAGAAGUGGAACGAAAAGACAAGAUAAUACAAAAGAAAAUGGAUUUGCGAGCUGAAAAACUAAAAUCAAUGAUAUUAAAAGAUGCAAAAUCAGUAAAAGAAAAUAAAGACACUAAUAAAAAGACAGUAAAAGCUCAGGAACUGGAGGUUACGGAGAAAGUUGAAGCUUUCUCCAUCUUUAAAGAAAAAGAAAGUAUGCUUUCAUAUUUCAAAAAGCUUGAAAGGGAUUUUGACUGUCCAGAAGAAUCCAAUGAUAGUAUUAUAAAGGUCAAGCUUCAGCCUAGGGGCAAAAAGAAAGGAAAGAAAAAGUUAAGUCUUAAAAAAGAUUCUAUUGGCGAGUCAUCUACUUCUGAAAUAAUACAAAUAACAGAAGAAAAUGAUAACUCAGUUACAAGCAACCAAAAUGGUGAUGACAUUAUAGAAGUUAUUGAUAAAGAAGUAAUUACAAUAUUAGUAAAUGAUAAUAAAAAAAGUUUUGCAGGUGUUGAACCUCUUAAGAAGUCUAUUUUAAAUGAUUUAGUAGUUAAAAGUGACAGACAGAAACGUAAACGAAAUGGCAAUGUUGUUUGUAAUGUGAGUGAAAUGGAAAAGUCUGAAUUUAAACAUGAAAGUCGGCCCAAGAGGUCUGUCAAAAGACCAAUGAAAUACAUAGAUGAUUAUGAUGAUCUAUACAUGUCAAGCUCAGAUGAAGAAUUGCAUAUUUUUACUCCUAGAAAGAAAAAACAUAUUGAAAGUGUAGUAGAUGUUAAAGAGACUGAAGAGGUCUCCAAACCACUAAAACUAAGUGAGGGAAGUCAAAAAUUAAAGUUGGGACCAAAGGUUGUUAAAGCUACAGAUUCGCCAAAAAAACCAUCAAAACUAGCUCCCAUUUUCGCACCCAAACAGAUCGAUCCAGCUGCUUUAGAAGCAAAACAAAAGUUUUUACAGAGUGGUGUGCCUGACAAAUUAAAAAGAGUUAUAAAUCAGCAGAAGAAUUAUCAAACACAAGACCCUAGCUUUUCUGUUGUUGUGCAUAUACAACAAAAUUGUAAACCCACUGAAAAAUGUGACCUACUCAUACCUUUGAGGGAUAUUAAUGAAGAUUUGUCACCUCUAACAUAUGAAGAUGAUGCAUUUAAAAAAUUACUUCAUCUAACUGAUGAACCAACUGUGCAUGUCAUAGAUAGCAAUUGCAGGAGCAGCACACAAAGUAUGUUGCAAAGCAUAAAACAAUCACACCCAAAGUUCCCAGUGUAUAGAACAUAUCGUUAUUUGAAGGGUAAAGGCACAGGAGAGUUGAAAGACUGUAAUAAUGUAGAUUUAGAUAACAGUAUUGAAAUUUUAAAUGAUAUAGUUGAUGUUAUCAAUGACAGCCCAGAUAGAUUGAAUUGGACUGACAAAUAUAAAGCUAUGUCAACUAAACAGAUAAUAGGUAAUUUUGAAAGUAUUAAAGAGUUAAGGAAAUGGUUGAUAUUAUGGACUGAAAAUGAAUUGAAGCAAAAAUCUAAAAGUAAGCCUAAAGCUGGAUCAGAUUCAUCAGACUAUUAUCAAUCUGAUACAGAUAGUCGGGAUAGUAUGAAAACCAUGAAUAAUCUACUUAUACUGACUGGCCCCACAGGCUGUGGAAAAACUGCAAGUGUGUAUGCAGUAGCUGCAGAGUUAGCUAUGAAAGUUAUAGAAGUUAAUGCCAGUAGUAAACGGACUGGCAAAAUAAUGUUACAAGACCUUCAGGAGGCAACACAGUCACACAAGGUAAAUAGAGGCUCUGCAAAUAUUGACAACAGCCAAAAGUCACAGGAAAAAAGCCAAAUUGAAGUUAUUAAAACAAAUAAAAAACGAGGAAGGCCAAAAAAAAUUGUGGAGAAUGAGAAAAUAAAGAGAGUAGUAAAGUGUGAUGUUUCAAGUAACACACCACCAAGUCAAGAGAGUACAAGAACUGACUCAUCUCUGAUUCUAAUUGAUGAUGCAGACAUAGUAUUUGAGCAGGAUGAUGGAUUUUCCUCUGCUAUUGUGCAGUUAGUACAGUGUUCCAAAAGACCUGUAAUAUUGAUCACUUCAUCCACUGUGUGCCCCCAUUUACAAAGAUUUUUACAGAAUGGGAAAAUAUUAAGGAUGUGUCCAUUAUUACCUAGGAUGCUUGGCACAUGGCUUGACAUUAUGUGCUUAGCUGAUAGUGGGGUGUGUUGGCCGGGGGCAGGAGCCCAAUUUUUAAGUUUUUUUAAAGGAGAUAUUAGAAAGACUAUCAAUUAUUUACAGUUCUACACACCCUUCUAUGUACAUAGUAAUAAAUCAGAUGAGGAAACAGUUUCUCAAAGUGUUGAUUUUUAUAGACCUCAUAUUGAUGAAGAGGGCUCAUGCAUUUCAUGGGCAGAUAAUGAUUAUUCAGAAGACAAAACACCAGUUGUUAGCAACAACUUCAACAUGGAUAGUAAAACAGAUACCAUUUGGACUGAUUUUGUUUCUAAGCAUUCAAAUCUAUUAACUUUCUUUUAUCCUGUGCAGCUUUUUAACAUUUGGUGGAGUCUACCACAUCUUCUGACAUCACAGCCUAAUCUUCGCAACAUUAUAAAUAAACCAAAUGAUAGAAUUCAAAGCAAAAACAUUUGUUCAGAGCUUGAAGCAAUGGCCAAUGCAGUAGAUUCUUUUUCACUAGCUGAUUAUAUCAGUCACAAGAAUCCUGAUUUGAACUCUAAUUUAACGUCAAAGCCUUGGUACUGCCCUGAAGAGCACAGUGUGUCAGAGAGAGAAAACUGGGACUAUUAUAAGAAGGAAUAUGAAACUACCGACGAAAUUUGUCACCAUUUAGUAACCAGUUCUAUUGUUGCUGCACAAACUGUUUUGGGAUGUGAUGGGAAAAUAGAGCUCAGUUUGCCAGGGAUGAAUUUGCAAAGAGAAAAGGAUAAAAUCGUGGCGCGGCAUAAAAGUUUAACCAGCUAUUUAAAUACGUCGUCUGUGCUGGAUAGGCGGUCUCUAGCACUGGACUACUGGCCUUCCUGCCGCUCAAUAUGCAGGGUAGAGAAAUCCAAGAAUGACACCAACAUGAAGAGAAACAAUCGUUUCUGUCACUAUCUUAAAUCAUUGAAUGUUCUCUGUAAAAGUGAUACUUUUGAUAACCUCUGUGACAGCCUCCAUUCUAGUGAAGGAACUGAAUCAAACAACUAGUUUUAAUGAAUGAUAGAUAAAAUCGACUCUAUUCUAUUUCCUACUUGUAAAAUAUUAAUUAUAGUAAAAUUUGUUAGUGUAUUGUUUACUGGGUUUCGUUUUACAAUUAUGUGUAUGGGUACAUAAGCAUUCUCUGCUAAUAAAUUUACCGUAUUAGAUAUAUUUAGAACAUACUUUUCUUUAUACUACUGCUACUUUUAUCGUAUGUUUAAAAACUUUAAAUUAUUCUCUAUGUAAAAUUAUUUGUGUAAAAUAUAAAUACUUAUUUAAACAAAUGCUUUUAUUUGUGCCGUCUAUUACACGUAGGUGUGUUUUUAAAUAUUGUUUGGCAAUUGAUUGCCUUAAUUAUUUUUUUGUUUUUAUUCUCGGUACAAACUACCUAAAGAACUCUUAAGCAUGGAUCUUCGGUGCAAAUAAUAAUUAUUACAAUUGAUAAAAGUUAUUUUUGCCCGUGUUGCUAAAUUUAAUUUUGUUUUUUCCAAGAACUGUACCAAUAUGAUUAUUAUCGCUUGGCAACUGGUACAUUA